AUGUUUCUCUCCUGGCUGAACAUUACAGUUACCACCGUGUCAGACUUGAUAUGGUAUCUGGUGGCUUCGCCACCGCCUCCGACGCCUGCACAAGAUCCAGCGCAGGAAAAUCCCCCACCCCCGUCUCCUCCUCAGUGUAUUCCCAUUGAACGUCGUACCCCUCCCCUAUUUGCGCUAGUUAUCGGUAUCGACAAGUACCACCCUGACCAUGGGAUCAAAAGUCUGAAUGGUGCCGUCGCCGAUGCUGACGCCGUCAAAGAAUUUUUACAAAAGAGUCUCGUCGUUCCAGAACAACAAAUCACGAUUCUUCGUAACGAACAAGCCACGAGAGUUAAUAUCGAGACGGCGAUUAAGGACCUUGGGAACAAUCCGACGAUCAAGAUGGGCGACCCGAUUCUCAUUUUCUAUGCAGGCCACGGCGCCGAAGUGAAUGCGCCGUCUGGAUGGCACAGCACCAAAAGGAAGAUACGAAUGCUUCUUCCUUACGACUUUAUCCCCAGCGGUGUCUCGAAAAUGCGAACGGACAGCAAUGAUCUGUCUUUCGCUUUUCGCGGGAUCGAACUCCCAGAGACUUACUCUAUACCUCUAGACCUCUUCUAUGGCAUUGAGCCGGACGCUCAGGCGAGCGUCGCGGGAGAGGGAUUCAGGAAAACGGGCUUGUCGUCACACAUGCUCCUUUCAGCAUGUAAGGCGGAUCAGAUGGCCAGGGAGACAGCUGGAAGCGGUAUCUUUACUUCGGCGUUGUUAAAUUUGUUGGAGAAGAGCGGUGUCGACAGGCUUACUUAUAAAGACAUAAUAGCCAAACUGCCUGAUCUCCCCUCACAGAAUCCGCAGUGCAAAGGUGAACACCAAUCCCGAUGCCUUUUCAAUUCCAAAGUAGCCAGCCCACAACGUGAAUUACAUCUCAUACGCGGAUCCCCUGCCCUGGGCCAGUAUAUUUUAGAGGCUGGCCAGGUCCACGGCAUCACCAACAAGGCCGAGUUCAUUGUCUUCGCUGACAGAACCAUGGCAUCUGCCCUUGGGACCGUCGUUGCUUCAGUUACCACCGCUUUCACCACUACGUGCGAUUUUCGCCCGCGCGGCAGUGAAACUCCAUUCUCUCUCUCUGUUCAAGGAUUCGCCUUGCAGACUCGUGUUGGUGAGGGACAAGAUGUCCGCCUUUUCAUUGAGAAGGACGAGAAAUUUCUCGGUGUCUUCAAGCGGAUAGGCGAGGAGAUGCAAAGUGACGAAGCACAAAAGAGGGGAUUCUGUUUGGUGGAGAGCCGCGAAGAUCAGCCUGAUCUGUUGGUUGCCGCGGAUGGUGAUCUUGUUCAUUUCGAGAUCAUGGACAAGCUCUGUCGACAGCAUGGGCUGACACACAUGCCAUUCAAAGUCAAUAUUGAUCCGGAUAUUAUCCACCGCAUUCUUCGCAGUUCUGCCGAUUUUUACUGGCACCUUCAUCAUUCUAGCCAAGACAGUCAACUCGCUGGAAAGGUCAUACUCGAGUGUAUGAAGCUUAAAGAAACCGGGACGUUCACACAGGACUUAGAGCCGGUUUUGAUACCUGAAUCGAAUGGCGAUAAUCUGAACAUCGGGGCUUCGUAUUAUCAACCGGGAAGUGCGAAAGAAAGCGCUUCUCUUAACCCUAAAGAAUCGUUGACCAUCGGGUACGGGGAUAAUGGGACAUUUCCUCACAAAUUUACAGUUCGAAAUGGACAAGAUGUCGAUGUCGGCUUCUUGAAACUUUUCUUCUCGACAGAGUAUACGGACUUGUCAGACAUCGCUCAAACGUCACCCUUCGAGGCUGCUCGCGAGAAUGGGCCUGUUCUGGAGAAGAAAAGGUACCUAUUGGACACGAUGUGCGUUGCACUUGUUUCAGAAAAAGGGAGAGGGUACCUCGCGAUGCUAGAACUGGUGUGGGGUGGGGGCAACAUGUACAAUUUCAGGUCUUACUAUCAUCACGACCCUUAUGAGAAAAAAAUUCCAUUCUUAGUUUCAUACCGUGUGUACCUGUAA